CCCCCAGCAGACCCGGAAGUCGGCCAGGCGCCUGCCUAACCAGCGGCACUCGGGAGCGCAGUCCCUGCCAGCCGCAGCUAUGGGGCCGCUGCGCUGGCUGCUUCUGCUCCUGCAGCUUCAGCUGCUGCAGGCGCCAGAGGCCGGGCCCGCGGCCCCCAUCCGGGCAUUCGUGGUGCCCCACAGCCAUAUGGACGUGGGCUGGGUCUACACGGUCGAGGAAAGCAUGCGGGCCUAUGCAGCCAACGUCUAUACCUCAGUGGUCAAAGAGCUGACCCUCGGGAAGCAGCGCCGGUUCAUCGCCGUGGAGCAGGAGUUUUUCCGGCUAUGGUGGGAUGGUAUCGCCUCGGAGCAGCAGAAACACCAGGUGCGCCAGCUCCUGGAUGAAGGACGCCUGGAGUUUGUCCUGGGCGGCCAGGUCAUGCACGAUGAGGCUGUGACCCACAUUGAUGACCAGAUCCUACAGCUCACAGAAGGACACGGCUUUCUCUAUGAGACAUUUGGAGUCCGGCCACGCUUCUCCUGGCAUGUCGACCCAUUUGGUGCAUCUGCCACGACUCCUACCCUCUUCGCACUGGCGGGCUUCAACGCCCACCUCAUCUCCCGGAUCGACUACAACCUGAAGAACGCCAUGCAGGAGGCCCAGGGGCUGCAGUUCCUGUGGCAAGGGUCCCCGUCCCUGGCGGCCCAGCAGAUCUUCACACACGUCAUGGACCAGUACAGCUACUGCACGCCCUCCCACAUCCCUUUCUCCAACAGGUCGGGCUUUUACUGGAAUGGUGUGGCCGUCUUCCCGAAUCCACCUCCGAAGGGGGUGUACCCCAACAUGAGUGAGCCCGUCACCCCAGCCAACAUCCGCCUCUAUGCUGAGGCCCUGGUGACCAAUGUGAAGCUGCGUGCUGCCUGGUUCCAGACACCCCACGUCCUCUGGCCUUGGGGAUGUGACAAGCAGUUCUUCAACGCCUCGGUGCAGUUUGCUAACAUGGACCCCCUGCUGGCCCACAUCAACAGCCGUGCUGCCGAGCUCGGUGUCUCUGUGCAGUACGCCACGCUGGGCGACUACUUCCGUGCCCUGCACGCCCUCAACGUCACCUGGAGCGUCCGUGACCACCGGGACUUCCUGCCCUACUCCUCAGAACCACUGCAGGCCUGGACGGGCUUCUACACAUCCCGCAGCGCACUCAAGGGGCUGGCGCGGCAUGCCGGUGCCUUGCUGUAUGCUGGGGAGUCCUUGUUCACACGCUACAUGUGGCCGGCGCCCCUCGGGACUCUGGACCCCGCCUGGGCCCUGCAGCAGCUGCAGCAGCUCCGCUGGGCCGUCUCUGAGGUCCAGCACCAUGACGCCAUCACCGGGACCGAGUCCCCCAAGGUGAGAGACAUGUACGAGGAGCACCUGGCCGCAGGCAUGCUGGGCGUGCGCAAGGUGAUGGCUGCCAUCAUCCUGGACCGACUCCGACCCGCGGAGCAAGCGCGGCAGGCAGCCCCGGCAGUUGACUCAGGGCCUGCAGGACGUUCUGCUGUGGUCUACAACCCGCUGGCCUGGACCGUCACCACCAUCUUCACCCUGACUGUCGGCUUCCCCAGAGUCAGUGUCACGGACGAGUCGGGCCUCCCCGUGCCCGCACAGAUCCAGAACUCAACAGCGAUCCCAUCUAUGUAUGACCUGCACAUCCUGACCACAAUCCCUGGCCUUAGUUUCCGGCACUACAGCAUCAAACCCACCUCAGGGGUGCAGAAGGGCUCCCGGGAGCCAGCUGCCACCGUAACCAGAACCCUCCACUUUGGCCGCAAGCUGAGAAGACAUGCCAGCCACAGAGGCAAGCACCUGUUACACAUAGUGAAUGACUGCUAUACUGUGUUGCUCAAUCAAGACACCAACCUGAUGCAGAGCAUCCAGGACAGACAGAGUAACCGAACCGUGCGGGUGACCCAGGAGUUCCUGGAGUACCACGUCAAUGACGACUUGACUCAGGGGCAGCUCCUUUCUGAUAACUACAUGUUCACGCCCAAAGAGGCUGCGGUGCCCGCGUGGAAAGCCGUGGGGAUGGAGGUCGUGGUGGGGAAGCUGCAGACUGAGAUCCGGCAGUACUUCUACAGAAACAUGGCAGCCCAGGACUACACCUACGCCAUCUUCACCCGGCUCGCUCACGUGCCACGGGGCGGUGAUGGGGAGCUGCUCUGCCACCGGAUCGAGCAGGAGUACCGCAUUGUCAGGACCAGCACUGACCUGGACAGUCAGCGAGUCAUCUACUCAGACAACAACGGCUACCAGAUGCAGCGGAGGCCCUACCAGGCGUACGCGGAAAACAGCAUCGCCCGGAAUUACUACCCCAUGGUCCAGUCGGCCUUCAUCCAGGACAGCAGAAGCAGACUUGUACUGCUGUCAGAGCGGGCGCACGGCAUCUCCAGCCAAAGAACCGGGCAGGUGGAGGUGAUGCUCCACCGGCGGCUGUGGAACAACUUCUACUGGGACCUGAACUACAACCUGACGCUGAACGAUACCUCCGUCGUCCGCCCGGUGAUCUGGCUCCUGCUGGGGUCCUGGCCGGUUACUACUGCCCUGCGCCAGAGGAGUGCGCUGGCCCUGCAGCACAGGCCCAUCGUGCUGUUCGGAGAGCUCGCUGCAACUGCUCGAAAGUCCCCAGGACCCCAGCAGCAAGAGGCUGUGACCCUGCCCCCGAAUCUUCACCUGCAAAUCCUGAGCAUCCCCGGCUGGAACUACAGCUCAGAGCACACCGAGCACAUGCAGAAUCUUAAGAAAGGCCACCGAGGGAAGGCCCAGGCAGACCUCCGUCGUGUCCUGCUGAGGCUCCACCACUUGUAUGAGACAGGGGAGGAUCCAGUCUUGUCUCGGCCAGUGACAGUGAAUCUGAAGGCCCUGCUGCAUGGUCUGGGGUCCGUGGUGGCAGUAAAGGAGCGGUCACUCACGGGGACCUGGGACGUGAGCAAGCUGCACCGCUGGAGCUGGAGGACAAAGACUGGCCACCACGGAGGCAGCCACACUUCUCCCUUGAGGCCUUCAGGAAACCCCAUCGUCACCAUCCACCCAAAGGAAAUCCGGACGUUCUUCAUUCAUUUUCAACAGCAGUGAGCCCUCGGCAGCUGCUGCUGGCCCUGGGCGGCCUCCGGGCUCCAUGGAAUGGGAUGGACCCAGGACAAGGAGAGGCGCUGCGGAGAGACCAGGGGUGGUGGGAAAUGAGCUGCUCAUCUGGCAGGCGAAUGGCAGGAAGAGUUCUUAUCUGGGGUUUUCUCUUAACUUUCUAAAUAAAAACGACCAGGUUCUGCCCCUCCCCUUCC